CAACACAAAAAACGACUCUUUUUUUUUCUCCAAACUCGACUCGGCUUUGAGAGUUCUAAUCUUAGCCAGGCUCCACCCCAACCUGUGCUGCCCUGUUCGAGCGAAGAACGAAAGCGACACGAGCCGUCCAUAUAAAUCCACGCCGUCGCCGCCGAAUCUCGCGAAAAAGCUCGCAAAUUUCUACUCGGGGAAGAAGAAGAGCCCUCUCCAAAGGAUCUCCUCGCCCGGCCGGCGGCGAUGGCGGCCGCGGCGCCGAUGCCGGUUGCCGGAGCGGGGUGGUGGGAUCUCGUGAACGGCUCGACGGCGUGGCAGGACGGGAUCUUCCUCUCCCUCGCCGCUCUCUACGGCCUCGUCGCCGCAUCCUCCUUCAUCCAAGUUGUUAGGAUACAGUACAGAGUUCCUGAAUAUGGAUGGACAACACAAAAGGUCUUUCAAUUACUUAAUUUCAUUGUGAAUGGAGCGAGGUGUUCUAUCUUUGCAGUCCGCCGCCAAGUCCAACAAGUGAACCCUGAGAUCUUUCAGCAUGUUAUUCUUGAUCUUCCGGGGCUUGCAUUCUUCACAACGUAUGCAAUGUUGGCACUUUUCUGGGCUGAGAUAUCUUAUCAAGCACGUGGUCUAGAGACUGAAGGGCUUAGAUCAGGUUUCUACACUAUUAAUGGUGUAAUAUAUGUGAUACAGGUUCUGCUGUGGGCGUUGUUGUGGCACAAUCCAAACCCAUCUAUGAUAGUCCUUUCGAAGUUGUUCAUUGCAGGCCUAUCCUUUUCUGCAGCCUUGGGUUUUCUGCUAUAUGGAGGGAGGCUUUUCUUCAUGCUGAAGCGUUUUCCUAUUGAGUCAAAAGGGAGGCAGAAAAAACUGAGGGAAGUUGGGAGAGUUGCCACUAUAUGCUUCCUUUGUUUCUUGGCACGAUGCAUUAUGAUGUGCUUUGAUGCAUUUGACAAAAAAGCUGACCUUGAUGUGCUUGACCAUCCAAUUCUUAAUUUCAUCUAUUACCUGAUCGUUGAAAUUCUUCCUUCAUCUCUUGUCCUGUUUAUUCUGAGGAGAAUCCCUUCGAAGCUACGGCUCGCCCAGUAUCAUCCCCUCAACAGUGGCUAGGGGAUGAAAACGGAUGAAAACAUGAAAGCUAAAAAUAUGGAGAGGCCUGCAAAGUGACACGGCUGCAAGCCCAGGACAUGAAAAAAAAGGAUGACCCAUGGUCUAAAAUCUCUAACCCUUGUUCAAAAUGUGUAUAGAUAGGGAUCUGAAAUCUGAAGUUUUCCCACAACCUUCACCUCCUGUAGCUAACCUUGGUGGUUCAAGGUGCUGAUGAUUUCGUGUAACCAAUUGUUCCUUUGUAACAAUGGAAGCAAGUGUCCUCGCUCUUUUGAGCGAGCAAGCCAAUGUUUGUCUUGAAAAAUUCUUGGGUAA